AUGAACAGACAGCAACUGGCUACAAUUGCUGAGUCCCAUCCAUCGCCAGCAGAUCUGCAACAAAGCUAUCCGUAUGACAAGAAAUUCUCGUACCUAGAAAUCCAGAAAUCGUACGAUGUGAGUAUCGACAGCAGAUCUGCAACAAAAGCUAUCCGUAUUAGCUAUGAUUCCUCUAAUCCCCAGAAAUCGUACGAU